UCAAAAGGAUAUGUGUAGAUUGACAAAUGUAUAAUGACCCUUCUUUCUACCAGCUGACUUCACCGAUUUUUUACACAUAUAAAAGAAAAUGUUAUUGAAUCUGAUUACAUCAAACAACUAAGUCUUCAGAAAAAGAAGAAAUAAUUUGAAGACAUGAGGUAUCCUUUGUUUACAGCAUUUCUGCUAUGUAUCGCUGCAUUGACAGUCCAGUUCAGUGAUGCAGUGUGGUUUCCUGUUUUCGUAGCAUUUGAAAACAAUGGACAGUCAGUAUAUGAUUCUUGGAGAACCCCAUCGAUGUGUAAUGAUCUCCCAGCCAUACUUAAAAUAACAGGCAGAGGAAAACACUUACGUAACCAUGUUAUUGAUCACUGGACAGAAAUGAAUAUCAAUAUGGUUAAAGUUGAACUCUACCAAAAGAAUGAACAGGUAGUUUGGAUGACAUUUAAUGCACGAAAUACAAAUAACUUGAACUGGUUUUCAAAGACAAACUUGUAUCAAAGCAGUUUCACGGAUCUUUCAACUCGUAGCAUAACGAACUAUUUCUCUGCAGCUGGAGAAUCUAUUCCAAAUGUCGUUUCGAGGAGAUUUUAUAUUAGUCGACAACAUCGUGGAUGUCCAAAUGAUUUUGGUUGGUUAUGUAUUGCAGAAAAACCUGACGUUUGUAAAUGGGCUCAGUUCAGCAAAUAUCCAGUAUUUAUAUACACCAAACAAGGACGUAGCUGGAAUAGAGAUGCUGCUACUGCUGAUACCUUAGUCAUUUCUGUUUCUAUGGACCUAUGAUAGAAACACGAAUAUCAUCAAUAAAAUUGUAUUUCGC